ACUUGACUCUUGUGCUGCAAGCUCAGCUCUCUCUCUCUCUCUCUCUCUCUCUCUCGCACACACAGAUGCGAAAAUGCACAGCCAAUGGCUGGGCUGAGUUUCAUAAAAGCUGCGCUCUGAGUGGCUGCAGGGCGAAUAGCUGUGAAACAAAGGAGCAGGGAGAGAGAGAGAGAGAGAGAGCGAGAGAGAGAGAGAGAAAGAGAAAUGCACAGCAAAUACAUAUACACAUACACUGUGAGGACAAGUCAGUACAACCCAGCCAAACAGUGAGGACAAGCCAGUGCACCCAGUUAAACACAUAGGCAUACUGAGGGCUAGGCAAAGCACCCAACCAAACACACCGAUAGUCACACAGGCACGAGGGGGAGCAAGCCAAGCAAAAUACACCGCCAGAGAAGGACACAGGCAGUCACACCAGUGCAAGAUCAGAUUUAAAAACAAAACAAAAAAAAUAUGCAUUUCAUUUCACACGAAGACCAGGGCAAAAUCGAACCAGUACUGAUCGAAGUAAUUUAUUCGUGUAUGUGGAUCGUGUGACUCGAAAGUAAGGGGAAUAUAGAUAUAAAUAUAUAAAAUAAACAUUUGAAAGGGGUGAAACACGUGGCGGAGAAGCGAAUGUCCUCCCAGAUCCAAAGCAGUGAAGUUCAUCCAAUUUUUAUCCAAGAGAUCUCAUCUUCAGGAUGUCAGUGAACAGUUCCAUUGCUACUGGUAAAUGUGUUGAUUCAAACGCGGUUGAUACUUACGACAGUGGCGAUGACUGGGAAAUUGGAGUGGGAAAUCUGAUCAUCGAUUUGGAGGCCGAUUUGGAGAAAGACAGGCAGAAAUUGGAAAUGAAUAAUUCGAGCAGCAAUAACAACACCAUUGCAACCAACACCACCAAGGACUGCGGGGGUUUGGCUCCAAGUGGUGCUAGUGCAGCAGCAGCUGCAGCCCUUUCCGAUAGCCUCAAAUUCACCUCCUCUUCCGUCCAGCCUCCCCAAGGAAAUUCCCACAAGGAGACUGGCAAAUCCAAAGUGAAAAGAAGCAAAACUUCCAAGGAUGCUAAUAAAUCUCUCUCCUCUGCCUCACUGUAUGGGAUUCCUGAAAUUAGCAGUGCUGGCAAGAGGCAGGAAGUUCAAGGGCGCCCUGGAGAGGUUUCUGGCAUGAAUUCAGCCCUAGGUCAAACAGUUAGCAGCAGCAACAACAGUGGUUGCAAUAAUAUUAAUAAUAACAAUAACUGCAACAACACAAUUGGCAAUUGCACUAAAAACAAAGAAGAGAAACCGGGCAAGGGCUCGGGCAGGGGAGGCUCUAAACGGGAUAAAGAGGGUGGCAGAUCUCGCAAGGAUAACACUAAACACGAUGUGGGGGUGCACCCGGUACCGGGCCAGCCCCCCAUGUCGGUAGCGGGCUCAGCCGCCGCGCACCUCUUUAAUUUCGGCCCCAAGGGCGGCAGCAGCUCACUGCAGUGCGGCGGAGGCGUCGGAGAGCCCUCGCCCCGGGUCCAGGACAUCAAAACUACUCUGGAGCCGGGGAUCCUCAGCAGCCCUAUCGUGGCCAAGAAAGAGGAUGCAGAAAAUGACGGAGACGCUGCCCGACCCAUCAAGAAACUGAAAACCGAAAAGGUUGAUCCUUUGUUCACUGUGCCUGCCCCUCCGCCCCCGAUCUCUGUGAGCAUGCCACCUCAGAUUCUGCCUUCCUACUUUCCUCCUUCAUCUAGCAUUGCUGCACCAGUUGAGCAGCUGUUAGUAAGGACUCGUUCAAUGGGAAUAAAUACUUGUGAGGUUGGAGUAGUGACUGAGCCAGAAUGCCUUGGACCGUGUGAGCCAGGAACCAGUGUAAACCUGGAAGGGAUUGUGUGGCAUGAAACGGAGGAAGGUGUCCUGGUGGUAAAUGUGACCUGGAGAAACAAGACCUAUGUGGGCACUCUAUUGGACUGCACUAAACAUGACUGGGCUCCACCAAGAUUUUGUGAAUCGCCCACAAGCGACCUCGAACUGCGAGCCAGUCGAGGCCGAGGGAAAAGGGCACGCUCUGUUGCUAAUGCUCCAAUAAAUGAUGCCGGCUUUACAGAGUCCAGAGGUGUGCAGAACAAGAACAGGGGUGGCGGUGCCAAUGGGAAAGGGCGGCGGGGAAGUCUCAACUCGAAUGGUCGCAGGACACCCCCUAAUUGUACAGUGGAGGAUGUGAAAACCAGCCCCUUGCCCAUCAACAAAAGGAAAAACAAGCCUCCCAUGGAACUGGACCUAAACUCCAGUUCCGAAGACACCAAGUCAGGGAAGCGUGUCCGCACAAAUUCCAGAAGCACUCCAACCACGCCGCAAGGGAAGCCGGAGCCCAUGUUUGUAGAGCAGGGGUGCUCUUCGCCGGUUCUGAUCGACUGUCCCCACCCAAACUGCAGCAAGAAGUACAAACACAUCAACGGCCUGCGUUACCACCAGGCCCAUGCGCACUUAGAUCCCGAAAAUAAAUUGGAGUUUGAGCCUGACAUCGAAGACAAGAUGUCGGAUUGCGACGAGGCUCUGAAUGCUGUGCCGGUUGGCAUUGAACCGGUUGAAACUGGAAAUGGACCUUUGCUUCCUGGCCCUGGGUUGGGUUAUGAGCAGGUGAAAGCACCGCCGUCGCCGGUUUCUGUCAGCACCCCGGGGACACCCAAGGGACGCCGGGACGUUGCAAACAGUGCUCAAAGCCCUGUGGUCAACAGUAAAUCCGGGAAAAACACAAGCAAAAAGAAAGGUCUUAGCAGUGACUUGAAUAACCUGCCUGUGAUUUCUAACAUGACUGCUGCGCUAGAAAGUUGCUCGGCCCCUGAUGGUGCCUCAGUUUCAGAAAUGCCAAAACUUGAGGUUGAAGGGGUGAUAGAUAAGAAAAGCUUAUCUGAGAAAGAAAAAGGCAAAAAGAACAGCGGUGGAAAGGUGGACAAAACAUUAUCGAAGCUGAAGACAACUCGACCUAUUGCUCCUGCACCUCCCCCACCACAACUGAUUGCUAUUCCCACUGCUACAUUCACAACCACCACUGCGGGAACAAUACCAGGGCUGCCCUCUCUUACUACAACAGUUGUCCAGGCAACACCAAAGAGCCCACCACUGAAACCUAUUCAACCAAAGCCUACAAUUAUGGGAGAGCCCAGCACGGUAAAUCCAGCUCUGCCCUCGCUCAAGGAUAAAAAGAAGAAAGAGAAGCGAAAGCUGAAAGACAAAGAGGGCAAAGAGACAGUCAGCCCAAAGAUGGACUCAAAGCUGGGGAAACCUGAGGAUUUAAAGGCUUCAGCGAAGGAGCUGGCUGCACAUUUUUUAAAAGAACAUCUCAAUAAGAAUGAAGUGCUUGUGAAUGGCUUGUGUGACUCCCAGGAGAGCAGAAUGGCCAGCAUUAAAGCUGAGGCUGAUAAGGUUUAUACAUUCACCGAUAAUGCUCCCAGCCCUUCUAUCGGCAGUGCCUGCAGGCUUGAAUGCAGUAGUCUGGUCAAUGGACAAUCCCCCAUGACGCCAUUACACGUUUUAACACAAAAUGGUGGUGAUGGAACUGCAACUAAAACUAACAGUCCCGCAUACUCGGACAUUUCAGAUGCAGCUGACGACGGAGGUUCUGACAGCAGAUCAGAGAGCAUCAGAUCAAAGACUAAUUCUCCUGCAGAUACAAUUUCCACCAAGGACACUGUUGUAAAAACUCACUCCUCGGCCGCUUCUCAGCCAGCGCAAAGCAAAGAGACCCAUUCCCCCUUUUACCAUGGUUACGAGCCUUACUAUUCCCCGAAUUAUAUGCACCCUAGUCAGGUCAAUAACGCCACAACAGCGAACACUUCCUCAUCCCAGACCACCAAAGUUAAAAAAGAGGCAGAGGAAGAGGCUGAGAAGAAGGACAAGGUGGAGGUUUUGGACGUUAAGAAAAGUGACACAAAUACUGUAACUAUUCAGGCUCAGCACCAAUCUGUCAUUACGCAAAGACACCCAGCACUUGCUCAGUCGCUCUAUUAUGGACAGUAUGCAUAUGGGCUGUGUUACGUUGACCAGAAGUCAAUAAUGACAAACCCUUCGUAUAGGCAGCAGUAUGAGAAGUUUUACGAAGAGCAGCGGUUUGCAGAGCAGAAGCUGCAGCAGUUAGGGAGGGACAGUGAAAGGAAAGGGGACGGCCCGCAGAAGGAGCUGGGAAAAGAGGAGCUAAAGCAGAAGAACAUCCCAACUGCGACAAUCUCAAAAGCUCCUUCCACCCCAGAGCCAAACAAAAACAGCAUAAAGGGCAAGGAUGCUUUCUUGCUGUCAGAUUCCUCAAAGCCCGGAAUCACAAACAAAUCCGAUGAGGUUGUGAAAUCACAGAUGCAGCAGCAAUUGUCAACAGAUGGGCUUAAAGCCAAGCAAAUGGAGAAUCACCAGCUCAUCAGGGAAGCAGUGGAAAUGAAGUCUGUCAUGGACUCUAUGAAACAGACAGGAGUGGAUCCCACCUUGCGUUUCAAACAGGAGACAGACGCACGGGCAUGGCAUCAUUAUGUUUACCAACCUAAAUACACAGAACAGCAAAAAACAGAUGACUUUGAGCGUGAGAAAAAACAGAAAGAAGACAGUCCAAUUAAGGCCUCCAACAAAGAGGGAAAUAUAUCGAACAUUCCCGGUUCAGUAACCAACAUAAAAGAGGAGCCCAAAGAGUGCAAAAGGGCUGAAUCCCAGUCACUCUCGCUGGAUGAACAUAAAAGUAAAAGUGAUGACCGCAAGACUCCAGUCAUUGCCAAGGAUUCCAGAGGAACCCGAGUUGCCGUCUCGUCACCAAUGAAUCAGCAUCAGUCAUACAUUCAGUAUCUGCACGCUUAUAAUCCUUACUCACAGAUCUAUGACCCAGCCUAUCGAGCAGUGUCUCCAGUGCUAAUGCACAGUUACCCAGGGGCAUACCUGUCUCCAGGCUUUCACUACCCCGUCUAUGGGAAGAUGUCCAGCCGAGAGGAAACAGAGAAAUCAAGCACAAGUCCCAAUGUAAGCACUAAACCGGCGGCUGAGUCCAAGGCACUAGAUUUGCUUCAGCAACAUGCCAGUCAGUAUCGCAGCAAGUCUCCAGGGGAACACUCUGCUGACAUGAGGAGACCUGACUGGGCGCCAUCAGAAGUGGCUACAGGUUGCUCAAACACCUUCCAAAGUCUACAGAGUGUGCUGCAACUAACACCUGCUGAAAAGGCUCCGCCUGAACGUGAACGGGAAGCUGAGCGAGAGCGAGAAAGAGAACGCCAUUCACCUUUUGCACAACGACACGUUCACACCCAUCACCACACCCAUGUUGGAAUGGGCUAUCCACUAAUACCAGGCCAAUAUGACCCAUAUCAAGGGCUGACAUCCGCUGCCAUUGUUGCCGGUCAGCAGGUGGCUGCGCAAGCUUCUGCAUCUGCCAUUUUCCCUGCACAGAGAAGGGAGUGAUGGCAUCUUGAGUGUAUAUUGAAUUAUACUCAUGUGACUGGAUCACGUGAAGAAGAGGUUUAUACAGACAUCAGUUCCAUGGUGUUGAAUUCAAAUGCCUUGAUGCCAGGCAAAACCAGUCAUUUCAUAUUUGUAAAUUGCAAAUUUUAUAACUGAGUUACAAAUGUUGCUGUAAUUAAACUUUUGUUGAGAUAUAUUCUUUACCUUUUGUUUUUUUGUUUUUUUUGUAUUGGUAACCAGGCUCACAACGGCAGGGUCGGUUAUUGUUGGCAAUUGUCACAGUACGUUUCUUUUUCCUGAAAGUGUUAUCAAUAAAAGACAACAAAUUGCUUGGUUUUAUAGAACAUACUGUUCUGGGUAGGUGUUCCCUUGAACUGUGUAUGACAUUUUGACAGAUUCUGUAGACCCGGAGAGGCUAACUGUAACAGUGACACUUUGGUACAAUGUAUAUGUGUACUUGAUGGCUCCUUGAAACACUAUUUAAAUGCAUCUGUGUGCUAACUGUAUUCACAUGUCCACUGCAUUGUUGUUUAUUGUGAAGAUUAUACAAGCAGAGGCUCUGAGGGUCGUUAGAUUGUGUAUAUAAUGUACAGGUUUGAAAUGGAAAAUAAUGAGCAUCUGUGAAUAAAAAAAAAUGUCUUUAUGAUAUUGAAUGGCUGAUUACCCCAUAGCCUACAUAACCCCAUCCACCCACCCAUACAAGAAGACAUCUGUGAUUGUUUAUUACUUGAACUAGUUUGGCAGUUUUAAAUGUUUACAAUUAUCCAGAUUUAGGAAGAACUUGCGCAGUUGCCUGGUUACUUAUUUUAUGCUGUAAUCUAGUUUAUUUUAUGUAAAGUGUAUAUUGAAUGCUUUCAUUUUUUUAUACUUGCCUUAAAUAAUUCGGCAAUCAGAAUAAAAAAAACAAUGUUUUUGGUA